AAACGAUCGCGAUCCAACGCUUCAGGCGCUGACAGUUCAGGUCCGGCGCCCAAGAGACCUACUGUGCGCAAACGGGCCCCCUUAGCAUGUGAGGAGUGUAGGGUAAACAAAGCCAGGGCCAGUGGUUUCUUCAACAUGACUCAAAAGUUUGAUCUGCUCCAGAUCAUCGACGAAGAGGUUGGUAUCGAGUCAGUCCAGCUGCUUCUGCUUAUGGGCUUCUAUCUCCAGAGCACAGAGCGAUUCUCAAAAUGUUGGAACAUCACUGGUCUGGCUAUCAGGAUGGCACAGAACAUGAGCUUGCAUAUGAGUGCACACGAUGCUCGGAAGAAGGGGCUAUUGCUGUGUUGCCCCAGUCAGUUGGAGGAAGAAAUGCGUGUAAGAGUCUGGUAUGGUUGUGUGCUUUUGGAUCGAGAAAUCUCCAUGUCGUUUGGCAGGCCACUCAUGAUAUCUGGAGGUGACCAGCUGAGGCUUCCGGAGGCCAUUGAUGACGAGUACCUAUCUGAGGUUGGGGGCAAACGAAAUACUCAGCCAAGCAACUGUCCCAGUCAAAUCUCUUCCUACAUCGAGACCAUCAAGCUCUACAAGUUUCUUGGUCAAGUGUUGGACAUAGAGGAGGAUGGGGCGGAAACCCCAACAAACACCUGCUCCGACAUGCAGGCCUUGCUUGAUCUGGACACCAGGGUCAUGGAAUGGCGAGAUGCACUGCCUGGACACCUUCAGUAUGAUAACAUUGCAGAGAAUGGACAGCAGGACCUCGCUUCGACCCCAGGGAGCCUCUCUUCACCGGACUUUUCAGGGCAAGCAAGGCGGCUCUACACACGAUUUCUACACGUCAGAGUUCUCAUACUGAGACCGGCACUCGAACAAUUCUUCCAAAAGCAACGACAUACACCAGUCACUCCGCAAGCAAGGGGCAAUCCGAGGGUUGCGCGGGUACAAGACCUCAUGCUGUCGGACAUUGCGGCACAAUGUGUGCUCUCAGCAGAUUCUCUUGUCAAGUGUCUAGACAUUCACAUUCGCAGCCAAAGUCUUGCGGCUUGGUGGUACAACAUAAGCUACCUUCAUACGUGUGGCAGCACCCUAUUGAUGGGCCUGCUAUGCUCUUUCAACGAAUCUGUCGUCAGGCGUGUCUCACUCGAGCUCUGCCUUCGUCGCCUCUCACAGUAUACGGCGCUGAGCAGCAUCGCAACCAAAUCCUACCACCUCUUGCAAGAAAGUUCGAAGCGCCUUCUCCCGGAAAGGGGUGCCUCCAAUAUACAGACACCUUCUUGCUCCGCGGUAGGCAACAUGGCACGAGUACCCGACCCAGACCCAGCCACCCACCUUGGUCAGCCGAUGACACUUGCUGGCAUGGCACCUCCAACCUCGGUUGAGGCUGGGACGUAUAUGCAGUAUUCAAGUCUUCUCCUCGCGCCUCACAGGAUAUACGCCUGUCCACAACAAACGACGUCCAGCAGCAACCUGUUGCCAUCGGCACUUGACCCUCUGCUUGCAGGUUCUGCAGACAUGAUGAAUGAUGGUGUUGGUGGCCUUGAGAAUGUGCCGGAGUUCUGGGAGACACCUUUUCUUUCUCAGUUGGAGUUUUACCAACCUCAUGAUUUCACCCUCUCGCAGCUUGAGUAAUGCGAUUCACGGACAGGCUUCUGAACGAUGCCACGACAAUCAAUGUAACAUCAGCACAAGUAAUAACCAUAAUAAACUACCUACGAAACAGUCCCUCGAGAUGCUUCAAGCCCCAAGCACAAUCUCGCUCAACCCAAGAAGAGCCUGACACUCCUUCACACUGUCAGUUUGCAGCUCAUCAUACAGGUCAAUCUCACUUGGAAUCUUGCGCCCCAGCAACCCCUCAAGCUGCACACGGCUCCUCUUGCUCUCCUCUUCUGUCCUUUGGAGCUUCCUCUCAGUACCACCGUCCUUCUCCCCGCCAAGGUUGGAAGUGAAAAUACCCGCCGCCGAGAAUGGCAGGAAAUCCUCAUAUGUGAUCGGCUCGCAGGUCACAACCCCCUCUUUCAGAAGUUUAUUUAUGUGCACUGACCCCUCCAGCUUAUGAGUGCCAGCAACGGGUGCCUUGUCCUCAGCAACCCGAUAGCGGAAAUACACCAACCCUUCCUUCCUAAGAACCUCCCAGUCAUCAGGGUACUCGGCAAACACCUCCUUCAGCACCUUGUCAGAGUCCUUGUCUUCCUUUUCACUCCGACCAACAGCCUUGGCGAGCAAAGCAUCGUAGAGCUCCCUGCCUUUUCUGGUCACAGCAGCACCGCGCUGUUCCACCUCUCCAAACCGGGCGGUGUGCGUCCCGUCAAUGGCGUGGUCGGCGUCACCAGCAAAACUGACUCUUUCUUCCAAAGCCUUGAAGCUGGUUUGUCGAAGGAGGAUCUCGCACUUCCUCUUGGGAGGUCCCUCGAUGCGGUCUUUUGCUGGGAGGCCCUGGGAAAUCAUCCCUGCUUGGACGGCAUCGAUGUCCAGGGUGCGCGGGGUGAGGUGGUUGAUGUGUGCUGAGGGAAAGCAGACAAUGUCGGCUACCAUUGGGUGCUCCUUUUUCAGGGUGAGGUACGUCUCCAGGGGAACAGAGGAUCGGGAGUGCCAUUUGAAGAUCUUGAGAGAUUCGAUAAUCAGGUUGUUGGCGUCUUCGGCCGUGAGGUUGGCUAGAGCAGAGGUCUCCGCUUGGUCGAUCAGCUCGAUAAGCCUAGAGGAGAAGAGCUGUCUGGUGGAGAGGAUGGAGGUGGCCAUCUCCCGGACUUUCGGGGAAGAGAUGAGGUCUGGUCGGAGGACGGUGGUGAAGACUCGGAAGGGGUUCUUUCGGAGGGAUUCUUCGGUCUGGGGCCGGAAAGCCGUGCCGUGGAGGGGAAAACCGACCAUUUUGAGGUCGUAGUAGCCGACGGGGAACAUUCCCAUGACGGCGAAGAGGCGGCUGAUCAUGCGCAUUUCUUGCUGGGUGCCCAGUCUGAUGGCGCCAUGGCGCUCAAGCUGGAAGCGGGAGGGGAGGUCGUUGAGGCUUUGGCCGCGGGACUGGAGGGUAGUGGUAUCGACUUGGUUGACGACGUCUACGAGCUUGCCGUAGAGGGGUACUUCGGUUCUGUACAUCUCUGAGAGGGCCUGCACGAAGCGAGUCCGGAGGUGAUCUGGAUCCCAUCUGUGUGGUGUGUGAGUUUGGAGGCCAAAAACUUGUGAGAGGAGCAUAAAGAAGGCGUACGGCUUUGGCUCCUCGUGGAGGGCAGAUCCGUUCUGUGGGAUAGCUGAAGGCAUUGUGGAUAUGGUAUGUGGUUACUUUUGUCAAAUAUUCUGUGAGAUGUUCUGUGGGAUAUUCUGUGGAUUGGAUAGGUAGGUAUCAACAUGGAACACACAGGCUAGACAACCGCAAGCAAUCGCUGGACUGAGCAG